AUGAAAGGCUUGCCGAGCAGCCACGGUCACCAUCACGCCGUCGCCUGCGACCCUUCCUACGACUCCAUGACGCUCGGUCAUUCGGAUCGUCAGCCCUGCUUCCUGAACACAGGCGAUGGUCACCCCGGCCAGCGCCCGUGCUAUACCCAGCGCAGCUCCUUCCAGUCGGAAUGCAGUGCCUACCCGGAUCUGGCCAGCUGCACCUUCCCUCGCAGACAUUACAGCUCCCAUCAUGAGCUGAAGGAGGAGUGCGGGGCGCUGGUGCCUUAUACGGGGCCGACAGGAAACAGUAAAGGAAGCGGCGGUAAAAAUAACAACAACCGGGUACCUUGUAACCUGCUGGAACAGUUCGAUCACCAGGCUCCGGUGCGGCGAGAAGGCUACCAUACGCUGCAGUACAAGCGCACAGCAGUGGAACACCAACGAAGUGACAGCCCAGGGCGUAUCCGUCAUCUGGUUCACUCUGUCCAAAAGCUUUUCACCAAGUCCCAUUCAUUGGAGGGGCCCUCUGGAUCCGGCACAACCGGGAGAAUGAACGGCAGUAAAUCCAGCCCGGAUGACCCGCCGUCUUCAUCGGGAACUCUGAAACACAACAAACGUAGCAAGAACAAAGACCGAUCCAAGUCAGAACCUAAAAUGCGUAGCGCCAUCUCCGGGUACUGGAGCUCAGAUGACACACUGGACCGGGAGAUGUGCUUGUACCACCACCACGGCGGAGGACAACCAUCAGGCGUCAUGACCAUGGGGAGGCACCCGGAGAAAUCGCAGUCGCAGUACUUCAUGGAGUCCUACAACACCAUCAGCGCCCACUCCCUGAAGACGUCUCGUAGCAACAAUGACGUGAAGUGCUCAUCGUGCUCCGGCGGCAGCGGCACGGGGCUCCCACUGGUCCCGCUGGUUGGUCCGCUGGACGGCCAGGUGCAGCUAAAGAAGAGUUCGUGGUCUUCGACUUUGACGGUGAGCCGAGCAAGGGAGGUUUACCAGAAGGCUUCUGUCAACCUAGAUAAAGCACUAGUGAAAGCUGAGCAGGGACGCACCUGCCACUUCCUGCAGGUGCCUCAGGAUGACUGGGGUGCGUUCUCCCCGUUGGGGAAGGAUGACGAAAUCCCUUGCCGGAGGAUGCGAAGUGGCAGCUACAUCAAAGCCAUGGCCGAGGACGACAGCGGCGAUUCGGACUGCAGCCCUAAACCUUCGCCCAAAGUACAAGCGCGGCGGGCCAGUUACCUUAAGGCCACACAACCGUCACUAACAGAGAUGACCACACUCAAGAUUUCCACAGAGCACUCGCCCAAGCUGCAGAUCAGGAGUCACAGCUAUCUGCGGGCGGUGAGCGAGGUUUCUAUCAAUAGGAGCCUGGACAGCUUGGACCCGGCGGGGCUGCUGGCCUCGCCUAAGUUCCGCUCCCGAAACGAGAGCUACAUGAGAGCCAUGAGCACUAUCAGCCAGGUGAGCGAGGUGGAGGUGAACGGGCAAAUCGAGGCGGUGUGCGAGUCUGUGUUCAGCGAGAUGGAGUCGCAGGCGGUGGACGCGCUGGAUCUGCCCGUCCCCGGCUGCUUCCGCAUGCGCAGCCACAGUUAUGUGCGAGCCAUCGAGAAGGGAUGCUCUCAGGAAGAGGAGGAGGAAGCGGCCGGGCGAGGGGGAGGCGUGGCCAAUCGGAAGGCGGGGUCGCCCCCGCGCACUACCACCACUGUCAGAACCAUCCAAAGCAGCACAGGUGUGUCCAAACUUUUGGCCUGUACUGAACUGUCGUCAUGCAUCACCACCUACAAAAAGACCCCUCCGCCCGUCCCCCCGAGGACCACCCCGUCCAAACCCUUCAUAUCCAUCACGGCGCAGAGCAGCACCGAGUCGGCCCAGGACGCCUACAUGGACGGCGGCUCGGGCCCACGCAAGGGCAUCGGCUCGCAGCCGGGCUUGUCCAACUCCACCGAGAGCAUCGACAGCAUGAAGGCCCUGACGGCCGCCAUCGAAGCGGCCAACGCUCAGGUGCACGGCCCGGCCAGCCAGCACGUCGCCAACAGCGCCGUCGCGUCCACCGCCGUCGCCCAAGUCUCCACUGACAGCAAGGCGCAAAGGGAAGCUCUUCGAAAGUGCCUCUCCAUUGGGAUUCAGGUUUGUGUGGAGCCAGAGGAGGAGGGGCCCUCAGAAGAGCAGUCCAAGUUCCACUCUAUAGGAAUUCAGGUGGAAGAUGAGCGCUGUCAGCGCCGCAUGACCCGCUCCAACAGCGUGACCACCGCCGUCCAAGCCGACCUGGACGACCCCACAGACGGGCCGCGACUUCCCCCAGCGCGUAACUGCGCCACCAUGCCACGCCAGCACUCCCGUGACUCCACCGGCGGCACCUCCACGGUUCGCAUCCAAGGCUCGGGCAACCACUACCACGCCUGCGCCGGGGACGACUACGGCGAGGCGGGGUUCGACCCGUCCAUCCUUCCACCUCCUGACCCGUGGAUGGACGGCGCGGGUGACCCAGAUUUGACGGCGGAUGGCACGCUGGAGGCCGUCAGCCGCUCAGUGUGCCCGAGAGACGGACGCUGGUUCCUCAAACUGCUACAGGCGGAGACGGAGCGCAUGCAAGGAUGGUGUCGUCAGAUGGAGCAGGACCAGACGGACAACCAGCUGUCCGAUGAUAUCCUGGGCAAGAUCCGCAGUGCAGUGGGGAGCGCCCAGCUGCUCAUGUCCCAGAAGUUCCAGCAAUUCCGGGAGCUGUGUGAGGAGAAUUUGAACCCUGACGCAAACCCGCGGCCCGUCUCUCAGGACCUGGCGGGCUUCUGGGACAUGCUACAGCUGUCCAUCGAAAAUAUCAGCCUCAAGUUUGACGAGUUGCACCAACUCAAAGCUAACAACUGGAAGCCUCUGACACCCCCGGAGAUCCAGGAGAGACGCGUGCCCCCACCCGUGCCAAAGAGGUCCCAGAAGGGCCACGCCCCGCUGGCGAGGGACCGCUCACUGGAGAGCUCUGAGCGGCAGCGUCUGGAGGCCCGCAAGCGGCUGCUCGCCGCCAAACGCGCCGCCUCGGUGCGCCAGAGCUCCGCCACGGAGAGCGCUGACAGUAUCGAGAUUUACAUCCCCGAGGCGCAGACGCGACUAUGA